AUGGAGACGCUCGACAAAAACACACUCGACGUGCACGAAGCCAAUGAAGCUACCGCCGCAGAACAUAGCCUCGGCGUCUGGGCCGCUUGCAAGAAGUAUCCCAAAGCCGUAGCCUGGUCGGCCGUGGUCAGUCUCUCUUUUCAGAAGUACUAUGGUCAUCCCCAACCUGGCAAGCCUGGAAAAUAUCAAUUAGAUCCUACCUGGCAGUCGGCACUAUCUUUUGGAAGUCCUGUGGGAAACUUCAUUGGCGUCUUGCUCAACGGUCUUUUGGCUGAGCGGUUUGGCCACAAACCCGUCGCUAUUGGGGCCCUAGCCGCCAUCACGGCUCUCAUCUUCAUUCAGUUCUUCGCAGCGGACGUCUCUACGCUCUUUGCUGGCCAGCUUUUAGUAGGCAUCCCCGUUGGCGUCUUUUCGACACUUGCUCCCGCCUAUGCGUCCGAAGUUGCACCUGUCGCGCUGCGCAGCUAUUUCGAAACCUUUUCCUGCUGGGGCAUCGGCCAGUUUCUAUCAUAUGCUGUGAUUCUGACGUUGAACACGCGCAUGGAUCACUGGGCCUUCCGCAUUCCUUUUGCCGUGCAAUGGGUGUGGCCGGUCAUCAUUGCUCUGAUUUUGAUCUUCUGCCCGGAGUCUCCCUGGUGGUACGUUCAACAGCAGCGUUACGAUCGAGCCAAGACAUCUAUCAAGAGGCUUCUCUCCUCUAAGAACACCGGAGCGUCGUUGGAAGAGGAAGCAGAGAAGCAACUUGCACUCAUGAUUGAAACCGAUAAAUUUGAGAAGGCUCAGCACGCGACCGCAUCUUUCAAGUCGUGCUUCCAGGGCGACAACAUUUGGCGAACUGAAAUCGCUUGCUUUGCUUGGGCAAGUCAGAUCUGGACCGGCUUCGCCAUAUCGAGCUCAGCAUCAUACUUUUUCCAACAGGCGGGAUUAACGGCGAACAAUUCAUAUAAGAUGAGUCUCGGUCAGGGCGGCAUUCAUCUUGCAUGCAACUGGAUAUCUGCCUGGCUCAGCGGUCCUUAUGGUCGCCGGUGGCCAUACAUAAUUGCUUGUGCGUUCAUGACAUUGAUGAUGAUCAUCAUCGGCAUUCUUUCAUCGAUACCUCAGACAGGCACCUCGAUCGGCUUCGCUACGUCUGCAGUGUAUUUGGUCUGGUACGCCGCCUGGUGCUUGACCUUGGGACCGCUUCCCUACAUUAUUGUUAGCGAAGUUCCGUCGGCGCAGCUCAGGUCCAAGACUUUCAUACUCUCUCGCAACUCAUAUGUUAUUUUUAACAUCGUGCAAUCUGUCGCAGCACCAUACAUCUUGAAUCCGGAAGCCGCAAACUGGAAAGGGAAAGUUGGAUAUCUUACUGCCGGGCUUAUAGUACUCUGCAUGAUUUGGGCAUAUUUCCGACUGCCAGAGACAAAGGGCCGUACGUUCGAGGAGAUUGAUAUCCUUUUCUCUCGCAAAGCAACGACAGCCAAGAAUUUCGGGAAGGCUGUGAUCGUUCGUGAGGGAGGCGAAGUCGAGGUUCGGUACGAUUGA